AUGUCGUACAAAGUUAGGGGCAUGCUAAGCUUCCUAUAUAACUUAACAUGGGGAAACCUGACCUCCGAAGGUGGUAAGAUCCAUCCCCUCUACACCUUUGCCAUAAUACCCUGUGCUGAGCACUCCAGAUUAAUCAGGAGUGUGCUGUUCCAGGAGUCGUUAUCAUUCAGAGACGUGGCUGUGGGCUUCACCCGUAAGGAGUGGCAGCAGCUGGACCCUACGCAGAGGACCCUGUACCGGGAUGUGAUGCUGGAGAACUACAGCCACCUGGUCUCCGUGGGGUGUCAAGUCACCAAACCAGCUGUGAUAUCCAGGUUGGAGCAGGGGCAAGAACCGUGGAUGAAGGAGGAAGAGAUCCUCAGAUGGAGCUUUCCAGAAGUUUUGCAAGUUGAUACCCAAGUAGAUAGACAACGGGAACACCAAGACAAACUUUUGAAGCAAGUUGCACUCCUAGACAAGAAAAAAUUGACCCCAGAAGGGCACAACGCAGGUAACACAGUUGAAAAAAACACCUGUCCAAACACAAACGUCGUUUCUUCAGGACAACAGGUCCCUAAGUGCGAGUUGUGUGGAGCAGCCUUGCCGGGUAAUGCAGGCGUUACUCCUAACGCGUACCUUGCAAGAAGGAGAUUUGAAUAUGAUGCACAGGGGAACUUAUUCUCUAUUCUAAGCUGGAAACUCCACAUUCUGGGGCACACCCUCGUGAAUAGAACCGACAGUAACGAGAAACCCCACAAAUGUACCGAAUGUGGGAAAGGCUUCUCGCAUAAAUCAGAACUCAUCACCCAUCAGAGAGUCCACAAGGAUGAGAAGUCCUCUGGAUGCAACGACCAGGGGGAUGGCCUGAAGGAGAAGGUUUGCCUCAGCAAAAAACAUCCAGGAAACCACACAGACGAGAAACCCGGCGGAAACGGCAAAUACGGUAAAAAGCUCUCCCCAGAAACAAGCCUCUCCAUACCCGAGGCUAUUCUGGCUGGAGAGAAGCCUUAUAAGUGUUCAGACUGUGAGAAAAUCUUCUCCCACAAGUCACGUCUCAUCGAACACCACAGAUCCCACACGGGAGAGAAACCCUAUGGCUGUGAAGAAUGUGGGAAAUCUUUCUCCCGGAAGUCAUGCCUCAUUAUCCACUACAGAAUCCACACAGGAGAGAAGCCCUAUGGCUGCAACCAGUGUGGGAAAGCCUUCUUCCAGAAGUCACACCUCAUCCUUCACCAGAGGACUCACACUGGAGAGAAACCCUACGAGUGCAGCGAAUGCGGGAAGGCUUUCUCCCAAAACUCCUGCCUCAUCAUACACAAGAGAACCCAUAUGGGCAAGAAGCCCUAUGAAUGCUCUGACUGCGGGAAAACGUUCUCCCAGAAGGCGAACCUCAUCAGACACCACAGAAUUCACGCCAGGGAGAAACUGUACGGAUAA